CCUGUUUCGUAUUCAUUGUCGUUCAGUUCAGAUUCACUCGUAGAGGAACUCAUUUUUACGAAAAAAUUUUUUUAAAAAAUGUGCUAUCUCGUAACAUUUCUUGUUAAUCAAUAAUUAUAUAGAUAUAUUAAAUAAAAAAAAUAAUUAAAAUGGAUGAUAUAGAACAAGAAUUAAUUGAGAGCCUUCAAGAUAUCGGGUAUGAUGGAGCAUUACUGGAUGCUCAAAAAUUAUCUCAAGCUUUGGAAAAAGGUCCAAAAUCAACAGAAUUUACUAGUCUCGUAUCUUGGUUAGCCGAACAAUUGAUUCUUUUUGGGAGUACAGAAGAGCAUGUUCAUCCUACAACAUGUCCAGAAGAUUCUAGUACUUUCUUGCUGGAAUUAAGUUCAUUUUUAAAAGAAUUAGGAUGUUUAAACAGCCAACUUGUUUCUGGAAAUGUUAAUCAAAGACUGGCUACCAAGCAUGAAAGAUAUUUAUUGCUAGAUUAUCUCAUUACUGAAUUAAUGGCCUGUAAGAUUACGAAAGUAAAAAAACCAGAUACAGCAAAACUUCAAUUAACCAUUCAUGAAAGUGACACUGCCAGAUGUUUAAGAGAAAUAUUAACGGCAUUGCAACUCGGCAAACCACCAGAGAACAUAACAGCAGAGCAACUUUUUAAAAAACUCCAAGAAAAAUUAAAAACCAUAGUAUCAUCAGCUCCAGCUGAUCUUCUUGGAAAGCCAUUAAUUUUUGGAGAAUUAUCCAAGUCUCAAUGGGAUAAAUUAGAUCAACUUCAAAAUGAUAUGAGAGAGGAAUAUAAAAUUCGAAGGGAGAUGUUACUCAAACGACUUGAUGUUACUGUACAAUCAUUUUUGUGGUCCGAAAGAAUUAAAUUGAAAGAAGAUCAGCUUAACGAAUGUUUCCGCAAAAAUCGAGAUCAAAUGAUUGCUGAACCAGCAGUCACGAUUGCUCAAUUAUUAGCAGCACGAGAUGAUGUAGCAAUUAUUGAAAAAACUAGCAGUGCUUCUGUGAGAAAAAAUACUAAAAGUAAUGUAACAAAAGUAAUUAUUGGAGAUGUACCAGAUAGAGGAGGUCGCGCUCAUGAACAAGCUCCUCCACCACCAGAGAUGCCUUCUUGGCAAAAAGAUAGAGUCCCAGAUGCUCCCCGAGGAGGUGGAAGAGGCGGUAGAGGUGGUGGUGGUCGAGGAGGAGGCGGAGGAGGAUACCAUAAAGAUAUUAAUACAAAUUUUGGACAAAAUCGAGAUUGGCAAGAUAAUUCACAAGGUGGAUCAUAUUACCAAGAUGAUAACAGAGGUGAUUAUCAUAGAGGUGGCCGAGGAGGUGGUAAUAGUGGUGGAUAUCAUCGUGGACGAGGUGGUAGAGUUCAGGGUGGAUGGGCACAAGGUGGUUCGGGUUAUAACCGAGGAGGACAUAGAUCUCAUUAUUAAAUCAAUGAUAAAUUAUGGAUUGUUUUCAUAUUUUUUACAUGAUUAGUUAUUAUCAUCAAAUGAUAUUAAUCAAUUCGUACUAUUAAUCAAUUAUAGUAAAAACCUAUAUGUGAUUAACAAAUGAACAACUAUCAUGAUAUUUUUUUGUCACAUUUACUGUACCGUAUUGUACUGUAGCAUAAUUUGUUUACAACAAUUUAUUUAAUUUAUUAUUAUGAAAUAAAGGAAAAUUAUUCAAAUGA